CUCACGUGUCUGAGCGCAGAUCUAAAGCAGCGCUGUUAAACCCUGAUGUGUUGUCCGGUAGAGAUGCCUCUCCCCACAGAUCAUUAAAUAAAUUUCCUUCCAUUUCCAAACGUUGCAGGUAAACUAAACGUUUACUGUCGCCUGGAUCGGGUGAGCGGAUGAUGGCUCUUAUUUUAGCGUUUAUCCUUUUGAGCCUUCUGAAAAAUGCACUUCCACAAGAUCUGAGCGAGCGAGGACCGAGACGAGGGGACUGGCCCGACCCGACCCUCCCUCCCGCACCCUACCCGACCCCUCCGCCCAAUAAAGGUUGUAAGAAGGUGGUGGACUGCCCCGUGCGGCUUUUCUUCACCAUCGACACGUCGGAAAGCAUCUCCCUGCAGGAGUCGCCCCCCGGGGUGCUGGUGGACAACAUCAAGGAGUUCACCAAGCUGUUCGCCGAGCGGCUGACCGACGAGGAGUACCAGGGGGGCCGUGUGCGCCUCACCUGGUCGGUGGGUGGGCUGCACUACUCCCAGAGGCAGGUGGUGUUCAGCCACUUCUCCACCCGGCAGAGCUUCAUCCGCAGCCUGAGCAGCAUCAGCUACCUGGGCCGGGGCACCUUCACCGACUGCGCCCUGGGCAACAUGACCUCGCUGAUGACGCGCCACGCCGCGGACCAGAGGGCCGCGCUCUUCUCCGUGGUCAUUACCGACGGCCAUGUCACCGGGAGCCCGUGCGGCGGCAUGAGGAGCAGCGCGGAGAAGGCCCGUGAACAAGGCAUCAGGGUGUUCUCGGUGGCAGCCUCGCGGACGGUGGACGAGGCGGGGCUGAGGGAGAUCGCCAGCCCCCCCGCUGAGGUGUACCGCGACGGCUACAUCGCCGUGGACCUGGUGGGCGGCCGGCCCCGCAUCAUGACCGACACCAUCGACCGCAUCCUGAAAGUCAUGAAACACCAAGCGUAUCUGCAGUGCUACAAGGACUCCUGCCUGGAGACGCCUGGCAGCAUGGGGCCAAAGGGGUACCGAGGUGCAAAGGGGAACAAGGGAGAAGGGGGUCACCCCGGUGGUAAAGGGGAGCAGGGCUAUCAGGGCGAUCCUGGAAUCGAAGGACCAAUUGGUCAUCCCGGCUCCAAGGGAGAGAUCGGGCUGAUGGGAGACAGGGGUGAGAUUGGAUACACAGGAGCAAAGGGUUCUGGUGGAGCGGCUGGCAGGAAUGGGACUGAUGGAUUCAAAGGCAAGACCGGGCGCAUCGGAACCCCUGGCUGCCAGGGAGGGGCCGGGGAUAAGGGAUCUGAUGGUUUCCCUGGUGACUCGGGGGACUCUGGACCUGCAGGCCCACCAGGAGUGAAGGGAUCGACAGGCCGAGCGGGCAGAGCAGGACCCCCGGGACCAGGCGGAGAGCCAGGACCAAAGGGCGACACGGGGAACCCUGGCUACCCAGGAGAGCCCGGAGACAAGGGGCCCGCGGGCAAAGGCGGAGCCCUGGGCCUGAAGGGAGAAACUGGCAGGAGAGGGGACAGCGGUGUGAAGGGGGCACCUGGACUGGGGGGACUCAAGGGUGACAAGGGAGAACGAGGACCCGAGGGAGGCCGGGGCUUUACAGGAGAAGACGGAUCCAAGGGGGCAAAGGGGGACCUUGGCCUACCAGGACCGAGGGGGAAGUCGGGCCCCCAAGGGGACCCCGGAAACAACGGCACCGCAGGACACCUGGGAGACGACGGGCCGAGGGGGGACACCGGACCCCCGGGACCUAAGGGCGACCAAGGGAGAGACGGGUUCAACUACCCUGGGCCCAGAGGCCCCACGGGUGACCGGGGGGAUCCAGGCAGGAGGGGGCCGAGGGGGAGCCGAGGAGACUGCGGAGCCAAGGGAGCCCAGGGAAACGCAGGAGGGCCGGGGGACCUGGGCGAGGACGGGACGCUGGGUCAGCCCGGGAGCAGAGGACCCCGCGGGGACGCCGGCCCGGACGGUGGAGUUGGACCAGCGGGGGAUCAUGGACUCACUGAGUGCGACGUGAUGAGCUACAUCAGAGAGACGUGUGGCUGUUGUGACUGUGAGAAGCGCUGCGGGGCCCUGGACAUCGUGUUCGUCAUCGACAGCUCCGAGAGUGUGGGGCUGGCCAACUUCACCCUGGAGAAGCACUUCGUCAUCAACACCAUCAACCGGCUUGGCUCCAUGGCCAGCGACCCCGCCUCGCUCACCGGCACCCGUGUGGGCGUGGUCCAGUACAGCCACAACGGGACCUUCGAGGUGAUCCAGCUCAGCGACCCCCACAUCGACUCCAUGGGCGCCUUCAAGACGGCUGUAAAGAACCUGCAGUGGAUCGCGGGCGGCACCUUCACGCCCUCCGCAUUGAAGUACGCCUACGACCACCUGAUCCGGGACGGGCGCCGCGCCGGGGCCAGGGUCAACGUGGUGGUGGUGACGGACGGCCGCUUCGACCCCCGGGACGACGACGCCCUGCUGCCCUCCCUGUGCAGCACGGCGGGGGUGGAGGUCAACGCCAUCGGCGUGGGUGACAUGUUCGGCCAGGUGGAAGAUGACGAGAUCCUGGGCUCCAUCACCUGCAAUCGCAAGGACCGCGUCAACGGGAUGAGACGGUUCGCCGACCUGGUGGCCGACGACUUCCUGACCUCCAUGGAAACCGUCCUCUGCCCUGACCCUGUGACCGUGUGCCCAGACCUGCCCUGCCGAUCAGAGUCGGACGUGGCCCGCUGCGCCAUGCGGCCUGUGGACAUCGUCUUCCUAUUGGAUGGCUCCGAGCGGCUAGGCGAGGACAACUUCCGGCAGGUGCGGGCGUUCCUACAGGAGGUGGCGGGCACCCUGACGCUGGCGAAGGGCAAGACGGACCGCAUGCGGGCACGCAUGGCCCUGGUCCAGUUUGGCCGCGAUGCCGAGAACCACACCGCCUUCCGGCUCACGCACAACCCCGCCCUCAUCUCCGACGGCGUGGCCCGCAUGCCUUACCUGGAGACCGCCUCGAGCGUGACACCCGCCAUCCUGCACGCCAUCAACAAUGUCCUGUCGAGCGGUGGGGUACGCCAGAGCCGGCGCAACAGCGAACUGUCCUUCGUGUUCCUCACCGACGGCGUGACGGACACACAGAACCUUGACGAGGCCUUGAGCGCCAUGCGCCGUGCGCAGGUGGUCUCCACGGUGAUCGCCACAGGGAGUGACGUGGACCAGGACGUCCUGGUGACCCUGGCCAUGGGCGACCAGGAGGCCGUCUUCAAGCCCUCCGACCUCUCUGAGCCCGGCUUCUUCAGCCGCUUCAUCCAGUGGAUCUGCUGAGGGAUCCACGGGCUCAUGUACUGCUGCUACUGUUAAUCUAGCAUUGUAGAGAGGAAACAUGCUCACUAGGGGCCCUGCUAUACACUCAGGGAAUGAGUAUGUCUCUUUUAUCUUUAUUAUAGUGCUCCAGUGGUUUCAAACGGCAAGCACAUCUCUUUGUUAGAGCCCUUCUUUUCAGACACUUUAAGCGCCAAUCACCUAAGGCACCGAUUUCACUUUUACGCUUAACUGAUCGCCAUAAACCAUGUGCUAGACCCAAGUUGCGCCCUUUUCCUGUUUUGAGUUCUGAACAAGUUUUAAUGGGGAAACAUUAAAAGAUACAACUCACUCCACACCUUCAACAUUGAGAAUCUUUAUGCCUCGAGAAAUAGGCCAAAACACACCAAAAAGAAUUAGGAUCAAGCAGACAUUUCAACAUCAAAAAGAUACAAACAAAGAAGAUGAUGCCAACAGCACUAGUAGUGCAGUGGCUUGGAAUGAGCCUUGACUCCGAGCAUCUAAAGCCUAGUCUGGGUCUCGGGGUUGGGUUGGGGGACGGCUGGGAGGGGCUGGAGAUCCACCUUCUCCGCAUUCCUCCGUGAGGCACUUUAAAAGGCCCAGCCCUCGUCCUGCUCUCACAUCAUGUCCAGCUGCAUGGGAACAGAGGAAACACAUCUCUUAGGGGUCAUCACUGAAUGAAUGAAUGAAUGUCUGCACAAGGCGUAGUAACAUGACCCGUCAAAUACGAGCAUGGAGGUUGGUUUUCUAAGGCCCCUGCUGGUAGCGUGAGAGAGGUGUCUGUCCGGGCCCCUUACCAGGUCAUCCACGUCCCCGGGGUCCUCCACUGCAGGAGCCACGUCCGCAGCCUCCCUCCGCUCCUGGGCGACCAGGAACUGGCCCAAACAAACGGCAUGUGAGAAAGACUCUGCAUCCAUAACCUCUGAACUGCACUCAUAGGAACAACAAGGGCAUCUUCAGCCAAGAGGGGAUCUGGCCACGGGUGAUUACCUGCUGGGCUUCUUGUUUGGAGAAAGUGCUUCCUUCCACCUCGUCUUUGCUGAUCAGAGUGAUGGCGUCUGUCAAAAUAAUGAAUUAAGAGAUUGAUCACUACACAAUAAAACGUACUGUUAUUCCAAGAAGAGUAUACGUUUACUUUUUUAAACCAAAGAUCCUGUCCAGGGGGGAAGGAGGUGAUCUGGCCCCCACCCAGGUUUGGAGCCCACCUUGAACCAGCAGGUCCCAGAAGAUGGCCAGACCUCUGGAGGGAAUGCUCCUCUUCAGCGACUGGAGGUAGCCGUUGUACAGGUCAGCGUUCCCCAGCUGAACACACACACCACAUCCAUUAUCCAGAAACGCAUGCAAAUGCGCACACACACUAAUGAUGUCUAUUUUUUUGAAGGGAAGGUCGUUUUUUUUCAAUGAAGAUGACAUUAAAUGAAUCAGAAAUACAGUCCAGACAUUGUUAAGGUGGUAAAUGACUAUUCUAGCUGGAAACUGCAGAUUUUUUGUAGAAUAUCUACAUCCUCUGUACACACAAGUGUCCAGAGGCCCAUUUACAGCAACCAUCACUCCUGUUUUCCAAUGGUACAUUGCUAAUUAUGUUAAAAGGCUAAUUGAUGAUUAGAAAACCCUUGUGCAAUUAUGUCAGCACAGCUGAGAACUUGAAUUUGUCUGGGUGACCCCAAACUUUUGAACGGUAGUGUACGCACAGAUGACAAGAAUACAGUGAUCAGUUACACUAACCCCAAAUAAAAGUUGUGUAAAACAAAAUGGAGGCCUCAGGAAUGUUCUGACAGCUGGCUGUAUUCCACUCUCGGGCCAUAAUG